CUCCUUUCAGUGACGUUAUCAUUAGGAAAUAGAAUAAUGAAGGAAAGCCUGAUAUUUCUACCGUUUUCGGGUUUAAUAACAUAUUAUUAUACUUGUAUCCCCUUAGCAGGAAAAUAGAGUACUUCCUCAGGUUUGAAAUGCCUCGUUACUGUGCUGUGAAGUUAUGUAAAAACCGUGGUGGUAUACCUUCGAAAGACAACAAGAAAAUUAGUUUCUACCCGUUUCCUUUACGGGACGAAGCGCGGCUGCAGAAAUGGGUUGAUAAUAUGAAACGCGAGGAGUGGACCCCCAGUCGGCACCAGUACUUGUGUAGUGAUCAUUUCACGGAGGACUCCUUCGACCUGCGAUGGGGGAUACGAUACUUGAAACACACCGCCGUACCUACAAUCUUCCCCUUCAUAUACGAAGGUGAAGCGACACAGGAUGAAGAGAACAAGCUUCGCUGUAAGAGGAACGUGAAGCCUGGACGGAGGUCGUGUGGCGUGAAGCCCGUCAGAACGUCCUCUCCGCCCAAGAAGAGGGCUCUUAUUCUGAGAAGGGAAAGCUGCGCACAGGCCGGGGACGAUUCGGCAGGGAAAGCCCCGGAGCCGCCGGCUGGAGCCGCUGACGCUCAGUUUCCCACAGUCCUGCUCUUACGGGACCUGGCCCCGGAAACUGCGUCGUCCCGCGAGGCCUCUCGUGCCACUGCUUCCCUCCCGGGGGGCGCGGUCGCCGUGGAGACUGCCAGUGAGCAGCCUGGCGGAGAGAGGAUACUGAUCGCCUCCUGUGUGGGCGUGUUGGGGGGGUCGGACCGUGAGGCCGAGGGGGGCUCCGCCGUGACAGUGCUGUGCGCUGAAACCGCCGCGUCGCCCGAAACCGCGCGCGACGCUCUGCCUGUCGCCACGACGACGCACGGCACCGUCGCCAGGACGACGCACGGCACCGCCGGGCCGCGGACGCAGCCGAGCGGGGACGGCUCCGCCUCCGACGACUCGGACAGGCCGGCGGGCGACGGGGAGAACGGCCUGCUGGGGGAGCACUCGUACUCCCGCCAGAACACCGACAAGGACCAGCUCUGGAGCAAGAUCGCCGGCCUGCACCUGAAGAUCACGCAGCUGGAGCAGCAGGAGGAGGAGACGGUGGGGAAGAUCGGCGCCCUGGAAGCGCUCCUCGCCCACCUGAAGAGGGAGAGCCUGGUCUGUGAGGAGAAGCAGAAGGCACUGGAGGACUACUUCACCUCUGUCUUCCUCUAGGGCCCAGCCGGCUCUGAAACGGUUUUAUUUUGUACAAGUUUCACAUUUCACCGUUUUAUAAUGAACUAAUACAGACGCGCUGUGACAGUGCAGAUGCUUCAUUCCUCUGGGGAAGUUUUCCUGAAAGAGAACUCAGACCAAACUGGCUGUGCCAAUCCAUGUCUGGGGGGGUGGGGAGCAUUUUUACGAGAAUGUUGGGAAAUUUGUGUCCUGGCUUGUGGAUAAAAAUGAUACAGGUUUGAGAAUUUUCUAAUAAAAUACUGAGACCUGUUUGUCAUUUUUUUGGAGGACAGUAUUGUGUGUGUGAUCAUUUCACAAAUAAUGUAAUAUUUAAUAUUUUAGCUAUUUUGCUCUAAAAUCAAAAUAAAAUAUGUUGAAACUGUGUUCACUAAUUUCCAAA